AUGAAGGCGGCCCGGGCCGAGGGCGAAGAGGCGCCGCUCAGCGCGCCGUCCAUCAAUGUGGUCCUCGUGGGCGACGGCGGCUGCGGGAAGACGUCGCUGCUGAUGGUCUUCACCCAGGGGAACUUCCCCGAGAGCUACACCCCCACCGUGUUUGAGCGGCUCAGCGUUGAUCUGCCAAUAAAGGGCAAACCUGUGAACCUCCAAAUCUGGGACACAGCAGGACAAGUCGAUUACGACCGCCUUCGGCCCCUCUUCUACCCUGAUGCCAGUGUCCUGCUCCUCUGCUUCGACGUGACCAGCCCACACAGCUUUGACAACAUCUAUAACCGGUGGUACCCAGAGGUGAAUCACUUCUGCAAGGAGGUGCCCAUCGUCGUCGUGGGCUGCAAGACCGACCUGCGCAAGGACAGGUCGCUGGUGAAGCAGCUUUGGAAAAAGAAGUUGGAGCCCGUGACCUACCACAGGGGCCAGGAGAUGGCGAGGUCCGUGGGCGCAGUGGCCUACCUCGAGUGCUCGGCGCGGCUCCAGGACAACGUCCAGGCGGUCUUCCAGGAGGCCGCCGAGGUGGCCCUCAGCAGCCGCAGCCGCAACUUCUGGCGGCGCAUUACCCGCAGCUUCUGCGUGCUGACCUGACGGCCUCAGCGGCAGAGGGCGGACCUGGGCCCUGACCUGUUGCCCAGUUAGCUAGGCUGGACCCAGUUCCCAGGCUGUGACCGAGCUGUCCCUCAAACAGAUGGUCACCACAGAGGCUGGACCCCUGACCCUGGGACCGAGAUCCCUGGACUGAAGCGAAACCCCUCCGAGGCCUGAGGAAGGGGAUUCCAGAGCCCCCCGGCACUGUGGAGGGCUAGUCCUGGAGUCCCCUGGACGCACACUCCGAGCUCCCCGCCCUGAACCGCACAUGCUGGAGCCGCCGUGCAGCCUGGCGCCACCUCGCUGCUGUUCCUGGGGCUGCACCUUCAGGCAGCACCCGGUGGUCCUAGGACCACCCCCACGCCCACCCCAGCCGGAACUCACACCUGGCCCCUUACCCCUUUGUCCUGCCCUUCCCAAUGGUAACUGUAACAACUAAAAUGACAUCGCCUGUCAA